CGGCGGCUGCUGCCCCUCGCCCGCCGCGCCCCGGCCGGGGCCGCGCGGGUGGCUCCGGGCGCAGGGCGGCUCCUCCUCCAUGCGCCGCGGUGCCCGCAGCGCCCGGCUGCCCCGCGGAGCGCGGGGGCGGCGGGAGGCGGCGCGGGGCCGCGCGGAGGAUGCCGGCGGGCGGCGGGGCGGCGCGGGCCCCCGGCGGGGCGCGCUCCCUCAGCCCCACCGCGCUGUCCCGCAGCCUGUCCCGCCUGCGCGAGCAGCGCGCCCGCUCGCGGGCCAUGCUGGCCCUGGGGGUCACGCAGAUGGUGCUCGGCUGCCUCAUCGUGGCCGUCAGCUUCGCCGCCCUGGCGCUCACCACCUCGGCCCGCGUCCGCCACUCCUGCCCCUUCUGGGCCGGCUUCUCGGUGCUGUUGUCAGGAUUGAUCGGUGUUGUUUCAUGGAAGAGACCCCUGUCCCUUGUGAUAACCUUUUUCAUGCUGCUCUCUGCAGUGUGUGUGAUGCUGAACUUGGCCGGGUCCAUUCUCUCCUGUCAGAAUGCUCAGCUGGUGAAGUCCCUGGAAGGAUGUCAGUUGAUUAAAUUCGACAGUGAUGGUGUCUGUGUUUGCUGUGAAAUGCAGCAUCAGACAUCAGGCUGCAGUAACUUGGGAGAAACACUGAAACUGAACCCUCUGCAGGAGUGCAAUGCAGUGAGGCUGACCCUCAAGGACCUGUUGUUCAGUGUGUGCGCUCUCAAUAUCAUCUCCACCAUUGUCUGUGCUUUGGCAACAGCAAUGUGUUGCAUGCAGAUGGUUUCUUCUGAUCUUCUGCAAAUGUUUCACUCUUACAGCCUUUUUCACUUUAAUUUCUGUGCCUUCCAGCAGGAUGAUAUCACACAGUUUCUGCCACAGAGGCCCCAUUCUGCCAAUCCUGACUGCAUGACUCCACAUGGAACUGUCCUGCACCGGACCCUGGAUUUUGAUGAGUUCAUCCCACCAAUCCCCCCCCCUCCCUACUACCCACCGGAGUACACCUGCACGCCCGUGGGGGAGGCACAGAGAAAUCUCCAUUUGGACUUCCCUCAUUCCCCAUUUGGUGCUUUAUAUGAAGUAACCAUUAAUAGCCCAGGAAUGCUGUAUCCAAGUGAGCUGCCCCCUCCUUACGAGGCAGUGAUCGGAGAGAUGCCUGCCAGCCAGGUCACUGGUGCUGCUCAGCAAGUGUCUGCAUCGAGCCUGGGGGAGAGGAACACGACCCCGGACUUCAGCACACAAGUUUCUGUUGAGAGCACGUCUUUGAUGGUCUCUGAGGCUGUUGAUAUUCCAGACCGUAGCUACUCCUCUGAAGAUCUUUGUUCACUGGAAGUUCAAGGAUCUCUCCAAUCUGCAGAUCUUUCUCCCUACUGCAUAACCCCCAAGGGGGCUGCAGACCAGAGCUGCAGUGCCCUGGAUUGCCACACUCACUGCAGGUUUCACAGAACUCGCUCAGAGGCCUUUCCUGAUGAGGGUGACAGUUCCCACAGCCGAGCCUCUACAGACAGGUCUCAAGGACAGGAAAAGAACUGUGCCCACAGCAGGUCCUUGGACUGUUCCUCAGGGAAUUACAGCCCCUCAGAACGAGAACUGCAGAGUUCUGCUCACGAGAGCAGUGCCACACCACCUUUUAAGCAGAAGAAAACCUGCUGCGUGGACUUUCACCGGCCUCCUGCCGCUUUCCAGACCUCUCCCUGUUUUGGGCCCGCAAAUACUUCACCACGUGCAAGUGGCCCCGAGGCUGCUGCCCAGCCCCAGCACCUCCCAAAGCACCCAGCCUCAACCAUCGUCCGCUCCAGCAGUGCCCCUGUGUCCUGCUCGUCUGGCACUGAAGGUGAUAAUUGUGCCUGGACUUCUGUGUGCAGGCAGUGCCAAGAUGCAGGAUUAUCUCCAGCUACAGGAGAAACAGUUCCUGUCUCUGGUUCUCAUAUGGCUGCCUCUGCUUGCCAGCAUUCUUUGAGCAGUUUUCUACCAACUGGAAAACAGAGGGAUUCAAGGAAAAUUGAUCUGCACCUAAAGCCAAAGGCUUUUCACACGGUCUCGAAAGAGCGGCCACACUCCUUAGUGGACCUUAAGGCCUAUAAAGACACAAAAAUUUUAGUGGCAAAAUUUUUGGAACAUUCAAACUGUAAUCUCCCUCCAGAAGUGCGUCACGUAGUGAACAGCAUACGGUCAGUCAUUAAAUCUGAUGAGAGACACAUGGAAGAAGCCAUCUUCAGUGCCAAUAUCAUAGACCAGGUGAUGACGAGCUCCGAGCAGGACGCGGGCAGCUGCAGGAAGCGGCUGCAGGAGGAGCUGCACCUGCAGAGCUGCGGCGCCCUGAGCUGCCCCGCGGGCCCCGCGCCGCGGCUCGGCCGCGCCCUGCAGCGGGAGCGGCCGCACAGCCUGAUCGGCGUGUGCCGGGAAACCAUCCUCUGAGCGCCACAGACUGGAGGAAGAGGAAAUGGUGAUGGUCCUGCACUACAGCCAGUCUCUAAUGCUAGUGUCAGCCCCCAAAAGGCCCAGUGACUCCCUGAGUUAGUUGUGUGGGGAGUUUGCUUUGGAAAUGUGUCAGAGAAUGGCUUGGGAAAGAACUGAGAGAGGAGGACCCUGAGCUGCCUGGGGUAAGUGUUCACUGCCACAUUUGUUCUCUUUGCUGCUGCUGUUACAAGGAAGCUGCAGCACACAGACAAAGGCCACAACCUAUAUAUAACCUGUAAUGAGGGGUUAGCUUUUAUAAGAGUUUAGUUUUAAUAAUAGGAGGUCACAAUUAUAUUCAUAUUCCUACUACCAUGUGAGCCACAUAAAUUAUGCACAGCAGAAGAAAAAUUAAAAGUCUUAGUGAGUGUAUAGUGAAAUUUUAAAAAGAGAAACAGAAUCAGACCUAAGAUUAAAGUGCUAUAAUUGUAAAAACCUUUUUCAGCAUAACAUUUCCUUGCAACUCUGGCACUGACAGUUUUACAUUAUCAGGCUAUUGCACCAAAUAAUCUGGGCUAUAAAUCUUGUUGCUUUAUUAUGUAAGAAAACCCUUCAAGAAUUUCUCCCAGUGUCAUCCAUUUGUAGUAUAUUACUCAGAGACUGUAAGGUUUUAAUAAAUGGAAGAAGUGAGGUCAUGCAAGAUUCUUUCAGGACUUCCAUAUGUUUUUUGAAAAAAAACCCCAAAAAGUAAAGGAAAAAACCCCAAAACAAUCAAUGAACACGGAAACUUACAAUUCCAUUCUGUACACUGAAGCCCAGCUGGUAUUUUAAGUCUGGCCGUUUUAUGAGGACAGUAGUAACAGGAGGACAGCUGACAAUGUUCAGUUUGACUUGUGU